AUGGCAGAUCCUCUGAGCAUAACUGCGGGGGUUCUGGCUGUUACCACAGCCGCUGUUCAAGCAACGAAGUCGCUCUAUGAGACUGUCAAGCGCUUUAGAGAUCGCGAUAAAACUUUACGGAGGCUUCAAAAUGAGCUUGAGGAUCUCGUCAACAUACUUACGUCGCUGACGGAAAUUAUCUAUUCCGAAGCGUCAAUGUUGGCCCUGCUUCGAGACCCUAUUGACCGAUGUAGCCAAGUAUGUCGCGAGUUUGAAGAAUCGAUGAAAUGCUUCAGUGGAAAAUCUAAGACGGGCUUUCGAGAUUGGACAAAGCUGGAAUUCAGAAGAGGUGACAUCAAUGAAUUCAUUGAUAUUAUCGCAGGGUAUAAGUCGACGAUCUCAAUCGGCGUAGGCACUAUUACUAUGCAAACCUCCAAGAUUUCUCAUAAAGUUCUUGAAGAAUAUAACGAGAUGGUCCAAGACACGGCAUAUAAUCUUGAGAUUAACCUACAACGAAUAGACGAGAAGCUGGCACGACUUGUAAUCGACAAGACCAGUACUUCUGAAAUAAAAGUCGACCUUACAGACGAAAGAGCAGUGACUCAACAAUGUAUUCGUAUUUGUGAAGAUGCGAAAACCUACAUCGAGUCCUUGACACAUAAACAGUCGUCUUUAUUUCAAGAGGCGCCAAAAUCAUCUACAGGUGAUGAUCCACAGAAUCGCUUCGAAGCGCAGAUUAUAACACAUCAAGCCCUAAAUGGAAACCGAGAGGGCUUUGUAGAAGUCAUCGAACGCCUUCGGAAACGCCUGGAGACCUUGAUCUUGAAUGGGGAUAACAGAGAUGAGGACGAGAGAUUGCGAUUACAGGAAGAUAUAAAUAUUUCGAAGCAAUGUCUAGAGGUGUGCAAAGUGGCAACCGAAAUGUCAAAUCAGAAGAUAUACAGAAUUGGGGAGGUUAUUGCCGAUGGUGAUAGCGAUCAGGUUGUGGUGACAACCUUGGCGGAUUUAUUCGAUAUUAAAAAGGCCCUUUCCAAAGGCAAUUCUGCGCAGUUGGUUGGUUCGAUGGCCGAAGAAAGUCUUCAGCUUCUCACCGAGAAACGUUACGCCAGUCGCUUUGGAGCUUUGCAAGGUCCCUCAGGCCCUGCUAAGACUGUUACUACCAACCCGACUGCAGUAUUCGACACCCGGAUGAGUAGAAAUGCUUCUUCGCCUCGGACGGGUAAUACAGAACAAUCUGCUGGAUCGGAAGCAGGACGUCCUAGACCGUCUCCUAACGAGAAUAAAAAACGGGCGAUGAGUAGCGACAGUUCUAAACCAUAG